AUGGAAUCUGUCGAACGGACACCGUAUCACGAUCCCUAUAUGGAGGAAUUGAACUCGAAACAUGAACUCGAUCUUCUAGCAAAUGUUGUCCGUUUCAGGCAGCAGUUAGCCGAGCAGGAAAGUCGGCCAAGGCAAGAUCUUCAGACCAUCUACGAGCAUCCAGUCAGAAUCAAGGAAUUAAAUGAGGCUGAAAAGGAGACUGAAAAGCAGAAAAAGACAGAUGUGGAUCUCCGCACUCCCGAUCGAAUAUUCAAAGUGGUAUUUGUCGGCGAUUCAGCAGUAGGUAAAACAGCCUUUUUACAUAGGUUUUGUUAUAAUCGCUUCAAACCGUUAUUCAACGCCACUAUUGGUGUAGAUUUCACAGUGAAAACAAUUACUGUAGGUGAACGUGUUGUGGCUCUUCAAUUAUGGGAUACUGCAGGACAGGAACGGAAUACUGUGUACAAAGCGGGCAAGAAACUUGCCGAUGAAUUCGAUAUGCCUUUCUAUGAGACUAGUGCCUAUACAGGAUACGGAAUCGAUUAUUGUAUGAAGUCAAUAGCUGAGCGUUUACAAAAACGCGAAGAGCAACAUUUAUACGAUGCGCUAAUGUUGGAAAUGGAACCGACAGGCAAAAAACGGAGUUGGUGUUGCCUUUGA